AUGAAACAAAAAUAUUUAUACUCUCCACAACAUUAAAGCAAUAGUUUUAGUCGGUUUAAUAGCAAAUAAGAUCUUUGUAUAGAUUCCUCAUAUAUUUCAAAAUAUUUAGGACAACAAAAAUAAGUACCUUCUCCUAAAAAAUUUAUGUCAACUUUUUACUCAAAUAGAUUUGAAACAAAUGCUCAUAAUUCCCCAAUAAGUGAUAGAAGUUAAAGCUACAAUUAAUAUAAGCAAUUAACUAAAAAUUAUUUUCAAAAAAAAUAUUUAUUAUUGACAUCUGGCAAUGAAAAAAAUAUUAAAGCAUGGAGAAAUUAUUUAAUUAGUAGUUUAAGGAAAAAAAUUGAAGACUUUUUUAAUGUUAAAAAACUCAUUAUUUCACCUUAAGAUAGGGGAGUAAAACUGAAAUAAAGACGAGUUAACUAUUAUUUGAGUGAUGAAAUUCUUGCUUUAAAUGAAAUUGUUAAAUAAAAAGUUCCUUUUAUUGAUUUAAUCUAAGAACAGGAUAAAUUAAUCAAAAAAAAUUAUCACUAUCUUAAGAAUUCUGAGAAUGAAGAUUAUGAUUCUAAGUAUGAGUAUUUUAUUUAUAAGAAUGCAGAGAAUGA